AUGGCACUAUUCGGCAGAGCAUCAUUGGGCCUGCUCGGCCUGUUCUUCAUGGCCGGAGCUAUUCUCCUGAUGUUCCUCACCCUGCUAGGUGGCACGAGCAACCACAACCCGCUCAAUCAGAUCUACUUCCUGCAAGCCGACACCAGCAGGAUUCCAGGGGCACCUGCUACUUCGCGAUGGACGUUUUGGAACAUCUGUAGCGUGAAGAAUGGUCGCAGCGACUGUGGUGAAGUCCACCCGGAUUUCCCACUCGAUCCGCCCGGAAAGAACAACUUCGAUACCACCCAGGGCGUGCCCGCGGGUUUCAUCGGAACCAAUCACUACUACCUGACGUCCCGAUUCAUGUUCCCCUUCAUCAUAAUCGCUCUGUUCUUCGCUGUUGUCUCUCUGUUCACUGGCCUGUUGUCGAUCUGCACUCGCCUGGGAGGCUAUAUCUCUGGAUUCCUCGCAUGGCUCGCUCUGUGCUUCCAGACUUUGACCACCUGUCUGAUGACCGCCGUCUAUGUCCAAGGUCGUGACCGGUUUAACGCCAACAACCAGAGGGGCAGGCUUGGCGUCAAAGCAUUCGCAUUUAUGUGGACCGCCACCGUAUGUCUGUUCCUCUCUUGUCUGAUGUACUGCCUCGGGGGUGCUCUCGGCCGUAAAGAAACCGGCUACAGUGGCCGCAAGGAGCGUCGCCGCGGUUUCUUCUCCUCAGCCCGCUCGAACAGCGUAAAGAGCCAGAAGCAGGAGCGCACCUACCAGGAGCCCUCUUACGCUUAA